UCCUUGCCGGUUCACUCGCGCCGUGAGAGACAUUGUAACGGAACUGGGACGCCAGCGCUGCAUUGUGGGAGCUUUUAAAGCGGCGGGGAGCGCGGCGCAGCCGCUCGGGCCCACCGGGCCAAGCUCACCCCGGCGCCCCUAGCUCGGCCCCGCCGCCGCUCGCCCCACCACACACCCCCGACCGCCGAGGCCUAUGGACCAGAAAAGCCAGAAAUGGUGAGGUGACCAGUGCCUACUGACUCUCACAGGAGCAAAAUCUUCCAGAGCUCCGGGUGAGACUUGUAAAACUGCCCUCUACGGUCAUGUCGGAAAGUAGGAGGCUUAUUCUGCAGACGCUUAAAAAAGAAAAAAAGGAAAGAAAACAAAACAAAACCUUCCAUCCUCCAAGGACUGGGUUUGAAUUGCUUUUCAUCUGGAGUGGCAGUGAUUCAGCGACCCCCUUCUCAGCGGCAGGCAGUGACAGAGACAGGAGAUGAAAAACACAGCGAAUGAAUCAGACGCUAUCUUAGAAGGGGAAUUAUGAGUUAGGAAGCACAGAGGGGAUCAACCUAAGGCAUUUCAAGAGAUCAGAGAUAGCCUGGCCACUCAGAAGCAUCAUCCCAUCCAUUAGGAAGAGAACCCAAAUUAAGGAUUCCACCGAUUCCAAAAAAGCAACAGUCUGGAAAAGAAGUCAGUGCUUCAGAGGUGAUCUGAAUCCAGGAAGAAAUGCCAGAUGCCUAUAAUAAAAAAACUCCUCUCUGAAAAGCCCAACAAUAGAAUAUUCAUCAGAAGAACAGCAGUUGGAGCCCAGAGGGAGACAAUGGAAGGCUGGGACCAGGGGCCCAAGUUAGAGGAAAGAAAAGAGACUUUUCUUCUAGCCAAGAUGAAAGACAUGCAAGCCAGUCAGAAAACUUCAGUGGCCCUGCAGAGUGAAGUCCAUGAGCAGGAAGAUAAAAUGGAGAAUCAAGCACAAAGAGAAGACACACAUGAUGGUCACCCAGUGACACAGCGAUCUUUAGUACAUUUUUUUCCGCAAACAGAUUCAGAUGCCACACUGCCUUUGUCACAGUCAUUAACCUAUGACACACCUCUCAGUUACUAUAUGUCUGGCCCUCAGUUUAGUGGGAUAACUGUAUCAACAACUGGGCAGAACACUACUAAAACUACUAUAGAGGGCCAUUCCCAAUCAGCAAACAGCUUGGGAGUCAACAGCUUCAUAAUGACAAAGAAACAGCCUCUGUCAGUCCUUGCUCCUGAGACAGCUGUAACUGGGGAAGGAGAAGAUUAUUUCCUAUCUUUGUUUGGUGAUUCAAAGAAAUUUGCUGCAUGCUCAUUCCAGGCAGAGAACACCCGGAAGCACUUUUCCAUGAUUCUUGAAGAAGUGGGCCAAUCUAGAUCCAGUGCUCUUGGAGACAUUAAAAUAGCUGAAGUAAAUGUCAAGGGUUUAUUCGUGAAGCUCAUUAACUCUUCCCUUGACAAAGAACUGGAGAUUGGAGGUCAUAUUCUCCAGCAAAAUGUGAAUGGACAAACAGUCUCUUUGUACCGCUUCCUUCCAAAUACCAUAAUGCAGGCCAAUCGCACAGUAACAGUAUGGGCAGCUGCAUCUGAAGCAAAGCAUCAGCCACCAUCAGAUUUUCUUUGGAGAGAACAAAAAAUGUUUAAAACAAGCCCAGAUUGUACAACAAUUCUGUGCAAACCUAAUGGUGAAGCUGUCGCCUGGUACACUCCUAUUCACUGGAAACAAGUGUGGGAGAAAUUAGAGACUGACAUUGAAUUUGACAGAUGCUCAAUAGUAAGUCCAACGUCUCGAAGACACAUAUUUCAUUGGCCAACAGCUAUAUCUACAACUAAAGAAAAACAAGACAAGUCUAAUAAGGAUACCUCAAAAAAUCAGAUGGAACAAGUUAGAGUUUUUCUUAAAAGAGAAAAAGAAAACCCACCAACCCUUUUUCCUAAUAGCAGUCCUUGGUGCCACAGUCCCAAUGUCCCUGCACAUCCCUACUGUCCUCUGAUUGAACCUCACAAUACCAGCAUGGCUGGAAGCAGCUUAGAUAGACAGCCUAGGCCUCAGUCAUCUGGGUCUGAUCCAGCCCAGAAACACAGUUCCUCCCAUACCUUCAGAGAUCACCACAACUUCUCUCAAAAGGCUGUCAAGAUAUCCUACCCUAUCAUAAGAGAAAUAUGAUGACAGAUACUGAAAUAAUAAAUUUUCAUCUCAUUAUAAGUCCCAUUAAUAUUCCCAUUUCACAGCUAAAAAAGGACCACGAAAAAUAAGACAUCUGAGUUACAAAAGCAAUAGGCAACGAACUUAAAGGACAAUAAUAUUCAAAUCUAGAGAAUACAAAGAUACCCAACAUGUCACAGCCAGCCUUUCACAAGGGAGAAGAAGCCAGCAGCAAGCAAGAAAAUGGUUUAUUUUAGAAAAGAUAAUUCCUCAGGACUUUACGGUGUGUGCAAGAAGAAGAAAAAAAAAACCUGCCACAGUGACACUUCCAUUCAGAACAGCCCAACAAUCAUUUUUCUUCAUAUUUUACAGUGAGUAGCUAGAGUUCUAGAACAUUCAGGUAUGCCAGUGCUUAUAAGGAAAAAUAUGACUGGUUUUUUCAAACACCAAUUCUGGUUACAAAAUAUAGAUAUUCGGCUAAUUUUUAAAAACAUUAAAUGACCAAACUUAAAGGAAAAAAUGAUGGGGAGGAGAAAAAAAGCACAAGAGAAAGGAAACAGCUGUGCUUCAGUUUUAUGCCAAAGUUCAACCAAACCCUUACUAAAUUUAUAGUUUAUGUUGUCAGCAGCAAAUGAAAAAGCCUUAAAACAAGGAAACAAAAGCAGAUGAGAGACCCUUAGAAGAGAGGGGUUGCAGUGGGAGGAAAGGAAACAUGCAAGGCCUUCUUUGAAGGUGAGUUUGGACUUCAACAUCUUUUCGUAGCUUGUCCUCCAAGAAUUUUCUCCAUACGCAAGCCACAUGUGUUGCCUACUACAUUUCCAAAGAGCAACAGGGAAUAAAGAGUUAGCAUGAGCUGAGAAAUAGAUGAGGUUCUCAGCCACUUGUCCACUCACCUUCUCCAUAUUGAACUAUCCUCUUCCUCUUUUUUUGGCUUUUGCUGAACAGAGACAGUGAGGAGCUCACAGAUACCUAAACAUAGGACAAUCACCAUAAACACAUUGUAUUACAUAUGGCCUAAAGUUUCAGAAAUGGAGGGAACGUAGGAAAUACCAUGCUAAUCAGGCCUGCACAGGACUAGAGGUUCUGUAUAUCUAUUUUGUUUGAGUUUAUUUAUUUUGAGAGGGAGAGAGAAAGCAUGCAUGUGAACUGGGGAGGGUCAGAGAGAGAGGAAGAGAGAGGAUCCCAAGCAGGCUC